GUUCCAUCCGAGUUAUCCACCAUGGUCGACGUCCAAACACCCGCCGCGGCUACGUCAGAGCAGGCCGAGAGCUCUCGCGAGGGUCUCCGUCGCAUGCAGCGUUUAAGCGAGGCUACACGCGUCAAGGCAAACCAUCACGUUGGCGCUUUCCACCCUACCACCUCGGCGCUUGUGUAUCCCCCUACUACUUCGCGGCGGCACCAUGUCGUCACAUCCGUCUUCGGCAGCGCGGCGCCGCGCGCUGUUCCCAUGAGUCGAUUCUUCCAGCCGGCCGAGGCGAUUGAAAUCUCGCCCGACGGCGCAUGGAUGGCAGCCGUGCACGCAAGUGGGCCGACCAUGCGCCCGGAGAUUAGUGACGGCGGACGCGUUGUCAUCUACUCCUCUUCCGUUCUCGACCCGUCGACCACCCUGGGCAGCUUCAUGCCGAUGUGCAACUUCUCCCUCUCCGCGCCUGUGCUCGCCAUGACACACGUUUAUCCUCCGCGUACGCGACUAGGGCCAAGUGGCGCCGAAGCAGCGCCAGCCCUCGGACCUGUGCCGCCGCCAGGCCACAGCGCUGCCAAGACACGCGGACCCACUCUCGUCGUGUUGACGAGCGAGCUGGUGUACCUCUUCCACCCCCAUCCUCUUCCCGGGACCGUUGUCCUUGACACACAGUCUUCGCACUCUGUUCCGACCGGAAGCGUAAGCGCCACCGGCAGCGGCGCAGCCGCGCCCCUUAACUGGACCAUCAACGCCCUCAGGUGUCCUCUCGGUGCGAGGAGUUAUGCCGACAUCGCCAACGGUGGGCCCAUGACGAGCAGCUACCGUGUACAGCGCGGAUGGCUCGGAAUGGUAGGCGGCAGUGACGGGGUGUGGGCCGCUGUUGAGCGUAACGGCGAGCUGAGCGUGAUUCGGAUUGACAUUGGCCUGGACGCGAACAAUAUCCCAUUCCUCGCCACGACGCCGUUGCCCGCCCUUCCGCGCCCGCGCCCGCCUCCCUUUCCCGACACGACGGUCGUGCCGGACGCCUUCCUCGAGCACGUCGUCUUCGUGCCCCUCAAGGAGGGCACUGCGAAUGGGAGUGUUGACUCAGGGCCGUCUGACCCAGGCGUGGCCAUGGUUCGAGUGUUCCGCGACGCAGACAGCUCGGGGGCACCGAAUACACCUCCGCGCUUGCGCACUCGCUUCGAGCUGUGCGAGCUGCGUCACCGUGCAGUAACACUAGUGGAGGGGUUCAAGGACCUUGGGCCUGCCACAGACGCGCCGACGCCCUUGGACUGGGUGCCUUCGCAUGCGCGUACAACCUCCAUAUCGCCUGAGGGCACAACAUUGCUCGCGCUUGCACCGCUCCCCGACGUGCCACCUCACACGCUCGCUCUCGCCCUGGUCAACUCGGGCUCUGGGCUCGUCUUGACGCACGUCAAUCUCGUGCCUCCUUCUGAGGGGGAUACGGAUGGCACUGGUCCGGCGCGAUGGCACGCGCUGACGGGCGAGGAGCGGGCAGUGGACCCGGCCGCAGCACUAGGUCCCACAGGCGUGGUCAGCCUCGCGCCGAGCCAGGGCACGCGGCGCGGCGAGAUGGGUAUCGUUGGCGUUUUUUCUCCUUCCACACCUCGCCUGAUCCCCAGUCCACGUCUGGGAGCACCAGCCACCCCGAGCGAGAGCUUGAAGGCGACCGCUAAACGUGCAGCGCGAUCUGUUGAACUUGCCGUUGUCCAAGGCGUUGACUGGAGCGACGCAGUGCGAGCCGCCUUCGCGACCGUCCCGCCUGCCGAGGGUCCCGAGCUGGCAGGUGCCAUUCUCGAGCAGGCGCUCAGCUUGUUCAUUCAGCACUCGCGCUCGUAUGUCCCUCACAUCCUGCGACUGCAAGUGGCGGUGUGGGCGCUGGUCGACGACCCGCGGCGCUCGCUCGCUGCCGAGCUGUUGCGAAUUGCGGAGGGAAGCCAGGCCUUCUACCUCUGCGGCGAAGAGAAGGAGGGAGGGGUGACAUUCGACCUCGACAGUGUCUGGAACCUCGUGGACAUCUACGAGUGGGGCCUGAGCGUGCUCGGGCAGACGAUGCGGGACGCAGUAGCCGAGCGCGCGCAGAGCGAAUGGGCUCCGACCGAGCCCAGGACGGACGGCUCGUCCAGACUGCUGUACGUGGCCCACCCUCUGCUCCGGCGCAUCCUCGCGCACUUCAUCGCGCUUCUCGACGCGUUCGCCAAGUUCGUCAUGUCUUUGGACAGGCCGAUCCGGGCCCCCGACUCCUCUCUGCUACUGGGGCGGAGUGCGCAAGCCACCUCGGUCGCCUCCACCCGCAUCCUGGACGCGACGGGGCGCGAGGGCGUCGACCUCAAAGCAUGGGGUGACUUCCUUGCGUCUGUCGGCAAGGGCUCCCGGCCCAGCGACGCCGACACGUGUGCAUCCCUCCUCCGCCUAGACUUGGGCCCCAUCGCCUCCUUGCUCCCCUCCAUUCUCUCCGCCAUGCCGACUAGCUCGGCACUUUUCGCCCCUGCGGCAGCAGCCGAGCCGAUUGCCCGCGACGGCGUGACUUGCGCGCCGCUGGGCGAACGCCCCACCGCCAUUUGCGACCGUUGCAAUGCGCGCACUGUGCUGACGGCUAACAACGUUAUGCGGGGGGCGGUGCCGUCGCCCUGGGCGGCUUGGAGGAGGACGUGGACUGCAGGGUGCUUAUGUGGAGGGACAUGGAUGCGGCAGCAUUUAGAGGCGCCGGCGGGACUGCGGCCUCGAUAGGAGCUUGAUUAUGCAACCAUGCAGUGCU